GGAGAGGAGACCCGUUGGGGCAGACUAGCUCCACCAACUCCACCAGUUUCAUGUAGGCUUUCAAGAUGGAGGUUUCUCCACGAUAGGUUUCUGUUUCUAUUUUGACACGGGCUCCACACGCGAGGAGCCCACCGGUAUGACGACCGAGGGUCGUUCGUGAAUAAGAGGGAUUCGUUUCCCGAUACGAGUGGAUUUAAAAUGGAUGUUUUUCUUCCUCCGUGUUCGGGCUAGUGCUUUAUUUCGUAACUUCCUGGUUGUCGCAUUAAAAUGUCAGUUGAAACUGCGGCGAAAGCCGAAGUUACUCUGAAACGUUCUCCGGAUUCGCGAUAGACGGGACUUUAAAUUUCACUCGGACCAUUUUUAGAGACCGAGACAACCGCGUUCACCGACGGGGGGGAAGAAGGCCGAACGACAGAUGUCUUAAGUAUUCAGCGAUGGAAAGUGGGAAUGGUGGUGCCUCGAGUAAAGGUGUUUUAGUACCUGUCUCAGAACGAACGGGCAUCUUUCAAAGCAGUAUUUUGACCACACUUAAGACUGCGUACUUGUAUGAGGAGUCGAAACAGUCUUUCAGGUACACGUCUGCUGUCCUGGUAAAAAAUCCAGCACUGGAAUUAAAGUAUAAUGCUUUCCGUGAAAAGAAGAGAGAAGCAGGUUAUUCAGAGGAAGAGCUGAAGGAAUCUUAUGGUUUUUUGCUGUUCGACGAUAUCCACAAGGCUAAUGCAGUAGUACAAACUGGUGUGCUCACUGGAAACAGCUCCUGUACAACGCUGGGAGACCCCUCGAAAGGUGUUUACAUAUCAAUGUACUCUGACUGUCUGGAUCUUAAUUGCUGGUAUCAUGAGAAGUCUGGAUACAUUGCCAUCAUCAGGCUGACAAAGGGUAGAGUUAAAAAUGUUUUAGAGAACUACACCCAGAACUUCAAUGAACCUACUGUGGGGUUUGACUGUCACGUGUCUGAACAGCUGCCCUCAGUAUCUUCAGAAACCAGCUCUUUUCUUGCCUUUGAGAGAACCCAGUAUUACGUGUACGAGUUAAUCGACGAUUCACACAAUGUGACAACUCGAUCUCCCAGCGCUGCCUUUCCCAUUGCUAUCGUGUCAUUUUCAUACACGGAUACAAAAGCAACACUUGAAGCACCACUGAAGAAAUGCGAGGAGAAACAACUUGUUUAUCAAUAUUUUCCGUGGAGGGGUCAACUUGAAAUAGGCACACAGGUGUAUGAUGUAGGGCUGCGAUCUACAGCAGGGGCAUUGAUCCCUGCAGUACUGUCCCCAGUGGUUAAAAUCGACCAAGCCAUUUCCAUGUUCAAUCUGCGACAGCUGCUACCAAGGGCUGUCUUUGAAACCUGCUUUUCUGGUGAAGUCUGUCUGGAUGGCUUAUACUUCAGCCAGUGUGAGUUUGUUUCCACCGAGGUAGAAGAAAGAAACUCACUCUCUCUACUUCUGCGGGAGAUCAAGGAGAAGGAUCUUGCUCUUAUUAUUCAGCUGAAUGAUGGUGGUUUUCUUAUCCUGUUGCACUCCUCUCAUUUCCUCCCAUAUGAUGAUAUUGGGUCUAGUGGGACUGAUGUUCUGCAAGGCAUGUUUGUGUUUCCAAAUACGCGAGUCAUCCACACAGACGCUAACUUUCAAGAGAGAAAGCUUGCCACGUCAUCGGAAAUCCUGCAGGUUCUACCAGUGCUGAGUUAUGCAGAGGGCAAAGUUGAGAAAACACCUAUUGACCCAAGUGAAGAACUUUGUCAAGUCGUGGCGCAGCAUAUGCAGACCUACGCAGCACUGAUAAAUCCUGGGUUGGCAACAAGUCCCUCGCAGGAAAUCAGCAUCUUUCCUGAUCAGUAUGAUGUGCCAGCUGCUCUCAAGCACCUCUACUCAUCUCCGGAGUGGACUAACAAGGCGUGGGAGAGCUUUGGGUCGUACUUACGCAAACCAGACUCCUUUCAACUGCAGGUGUCCAAGGCUACAGAAAUCCUGAUGUCUGGACAAGAGGAAAGAAUGGAAGACCUUGAUGAUGAUGUUUAUAUCUAUCUGUCCUCUCCUGAGGGGCCACAAACCCAACCUGAUAGCAUAGAGUCAGAAGAGCAGUUGGAAGCUCCGAGAUCUCCUGUAAACGUUGAAACACCUGUGGACAGUUGUAUAACAAGCUCAGAAUCAAAGAUUGACUCAACAACUUUGCCUCAAAAGGUUUUGUUAGAUGAUGUGAAAGCUGGAGAUUCAACCAGAGACACUGGCAUAGCUGAUCUGAGUGUGCUGAUCAAAACGGAUGACUCGAAGAUUAAAAAUCUGCUGACUCCAUCUACAUCAGACGACCUUCCCGCGGAGCUGAUCGUCAGCCUCACGUCGGCAGAGAACGCUGUCACUGGAGAGGGUCUAACAAUGAUCAGCAAUGUAUCUGCCGCAAAGCAUAAUGACUUUCAGCUGUCUGUCUUUUCAACAGCCAAAUUACAAACGGAAGGAAUGAACUCUCUUAAUGAGAGUUUUACACCCAAACAGGUUUUGGAUUGCCCUCAGGUCACAAAUCUCACAAAAACAAAACCGAGGAAACUACACAGAGGGCAUUACAAAAGUCUGAAAAAGUUAUCUAAAGCUUGCUUUGAAACUCCUGGUUCGCAAAUGCAAGCGGCGGAUGACAACUUCAAGAGUCAGAAGGAAUCGACUCUCAGUUCUUCAAAAAUUGAUCGGAGGAAAGUACAAAUGCGUAAGUGUAAAUCAAGUCAACUGUCAUCAAAAAAUAAAAGAUUGCGCGCUGCUUCCAUUGGAAUAGCAGCCCCAGAUGAGAAAAACCCUAGACUGCAGAGCUUGGAAAGCACCAUCUUAAAUGACUUUGAAGAUUUUCCUCUAAGGAAGAAAACCGAGCGCUCGGACUUAAAGCCAGUUAUCAGCGAGUGUGGAAGAAUUUUGGUUCCUCAUGGCUCCGUAGAUUUUGCUGAUCAAAUUAAGUCUUUAACGGUCAAACUUCAAUCUAGAAAAGAUGAACAGUGUCCUGAAAACGUUUUAGUUGAUACCUCCACCAACGCUCCUGACUCUAUGGCGCAAGAGUCCAGUGCUAGUCCAGACUCGGAGGUGACAACGUCAAAGGAUGGAGGGAACCAGCUUCAACAUGUCGUCAGAGACAUUACCCCCGAAUGUAGGAUUUUAAGGCAGUCAGAUGAUGCCAACGGUUCAUUGAUGUUGAAUUCAGAAAGUGGUGAGUUUUAUUUGAAGACUGAUGUCACAGCAACUUCUCCUUCAGGAACAGUGAAAGGAAAAUACAAUGGUACCCUCUCCCAAGGAAACCUUCCCAAAAAUAGUGAAUUUCUGUUCAGUAAAUUAAAAUCAGUUCUAGAGAGAAAGAGAAAAACUGAUCCCCCUUCGUCUGAGGAAACGACUGCAGAUACUGCUCCCUGUCUCAAGAAGGUCAAGGUUGACUUAGACGCUGAGAUCCUGAAGAGGAAUUAUGCAAUUUCGUGUGUCCAGGACACCAGAUUGUGUGUCAACGAAGUUUCAAGGAUGUCGUCCGUGGACCCAAUUUUUGCAUUUGCAUUAGGUCUUACCCCUAAAUGGACUGUAGAUAAGCUACAGAAAUCUGAGACUCAACAAAAAGAGACCAUUUCAGAAAAAACACCAAAAAUCCUAAACAGGCCUUCACCAAUCUUUCCGCGACGGGGAAGGAUCAAAACGCUCAAAAGGCAUCAAGGCAUCUCUACAGAAUGUGUCAAAAAGAAAUGGUGGUUGCAUUUUCAAACCCCAGCUUGUUAUGCCAGUGAGAAACCCAAAUUCAAAGACAGUGGUAGGGCUAAUUCUGUCAGGAAGACUGUUAAGAAAAACAUUAACAGUGCUUGCUCAUCUACAGAUGCUUUGAGCUUACUUGCUGACUUGGCGCUCAGAGCUGAUAAUGAUCAGGUUCCACUACAACCAAACCCAGCACUUGAAAGAGAGACUGAGACAAGUUUGAAGAAGUGUGACCUUUCGAAAGAUCUUAACUGUGCUGAGCAAGAGUCCAUUCUUCCUUCUCUGCUUGCAAAGCCUGCUGCUAAAACCAUGCAGCCUCUUGAGUCUACUUCACCAAACCAUCUUGUGGAAAGCAGUGAAUGGGUUGGUUUGGUGUCUAAAGAACAUGCUUACUCAUCGCCCCCGUCUUCCUCUCUACUGUUGGGUUUACCAGGUACACCUUUUCAGGUAUCCCCUUUAAGUGGUUCGUCAAGACUGCUGCGCCAUCACCAGACAAUGUAUGGCAAAGGAAUUAAAGCUCUACACCCUUCUGUCAGCCACGAACGCAGUAGUGAAGAAAACCAAAGAACUCCAGACUUUUUGAAAAAAAACAUUGUGCGAAGAAGAAAGUUUAGACACUCCCGCUCCUUUGAAAACAAGGAUGGAUCUAUUCAGGUCACAAAACAAUGGGAGGAAACCUAUGACUUUAAUUUAGACAGCAAGUUUACAAAUGACUCAAAGGAUAGGACAAUUGUCCGAGCCUUACAUGGCCCAUGGGAUGUCUCCUUGCAAGACACCAGUGAAGAAGUGCUGCUCAUCGUCCACAUGUGGAUAGGUCUGUUCUACAGCCGGUCAACAGAACGGUUUUUCCAUGUUGACUCUUACCAACAUUCAGAAGAGCGGGAUCAUCUGGAGAUGUCCAGGGAGACGGUAUCAGCCAGCUCAUUUGCUCCUUUCUCGAGUAUUCCAGACUUGGUUGAUACAACAGCUUUGGAAAAAGAUAGCUCUGCAUUGGACCCAGGAUCAGCAAUUUUGGACUUGUCCCAGAGAAACUCCAAUGCAGAGAAAGUUGGUCCCAAUCCACAAGCCUACAGAAAAGAGACUUCUGUGCCCGUUGAUCAGAAAGAAGCAAGUGAGAUGUUAAAUACACUCAAGUCAUCUGUGGAACCACAGGAAUCCAUCAAAAUACAGCAAUCCAAAAAGAUGGUACUCUCCACAGAGAUUAAUGAGGUGAAUGAUGUCAGAAGUUUAAAAGAAAAUCUAAGGACCUGUACCCAGUUGCAAAAAGCCUUGAGUCUGGAACACUCCAAUGUAUCAUCUUGGAAAGGUGAUGGAACAAUAGUUCCUGUACGAGAAGAAAUGGAAAAGGUGUACAUUCAGCCAGAAAAUAACCAAAAGGCUUCAGGAUUUAGCAAUGUGCAACAUGGACACAACAAUAAGCAGACGGAUAUGAAAGAUGGAAUAGAAAAUUCAGAAGCUACAGAGAUGAAUUUAGUCCAAAUACAUGAAAAGGAUUUAUCCAAAACGGUGAACAACAAAGCAGUAGGGUCCAACAAAGAAUUAUCUGAUGUGCUUCAGACAGUUGAGCAUGAUGACACUCAAUCCAAAGAUGGGGAGAAAUGGGAAGAAAACCCAUACCAAGAAGGCAAUGUAGAAUCUAGGGUGAUUUGUACAAAUGAAGAUCCAACCAACGAAGAAUUCGGUGUUGUGUGCGAUGGAAAUGUUUUGGAUAAUAAGAAGCAUUCACCCACAGAGGAGCCAAAAGCAUCUUCACCAGGAAAGCCUGUAAAUGAAGAUUUGGAAUGUUGUGCAGUGCAGGAAAGUAAAGAGAUGGAAGAUGAAGAUCCCAUUGGAGAAGAAGAUGGACUUGAUGAUCGAGACAGUUGCGUCCCACCUGUGGAGACUGACAAUAAUUUCAGUAAUCAACCAGUACCUAUGAUAUGUGAUGGCCCAGACUCUCUACAGACAGACUGCAUCACAGAAAGCUAUCCAAAACCACCAAUGGAUGAGACACUACCUCAACCUGUCAACAAAGAAGAUGCCUGUCAUGAUUUGCAGUUGAGAAAGCUGUGUGCAAAUGGCUGUGGCUUGCCGGUUGAACAUGACAUUUCAGAAAAGUGUUCUCAUACUUUAUCGGAAAUCGAUCAUUCUUCUGAACCUGCAUUUGAGAAAAGUUACAAAGAUGAUCAGAAGACACCAUUACCAAUGUCUGAAGAUAACAAGGACACAGAUUUGCCCAUUUCCCAGACGAAGGACGGUGUUGAAACUGGAAGCCACAACAACAAAAUGGGAAGCUUCAAUUGGAGUAGGCAUGAUCAUGACGGUUGGGACAGGAAAUCAAUUGAUGGAGGGAAAGAAUUAGAUGACAACAUUGAAAAAGAACCAUUACCCAAUCGGACUCAUUCCCCUCUGUGUGAGACUAAAGUGAAACUGACUGACGAAAAAGAUCUCAAACAGAUCGACAACACGAAUGAGGCCAUGGCAAAGAUCAAUAGUGAGAUUGUGAUUCCUUUUAUUGGAAUAGACACCUUUGGAAAGCACACCAGUGUAGUAUCUUGGAAAGGUGAUUGCACAAUUGUUUCUGUACAAGAAGAAAUGGAAAAGGUUUAUUUUCAGCCAGAAAGUAACCAAAAGGCUUUGGGAGUUAGCAAUGUGCUACAUGGAUGCAACAAUAAUCGGACAGAUAUGAAAGAUGGAAUAGAAAAUUCAGAAGCUACAAAGAUGAGUUUAAUCCAAACACAUGGAAGGGAUUCAUCCCAAACUGUGGCCGACAAAAAAGUAGACUCCACGAGAGAAUUAUCUGAUGUGUUUCAGACAGUUCAGCAUGAUGACACUCAACCCAAAGAUGAGGAGAAAUGGGAAUCAAAAGACAAUCUAUCUAAAGAAGGAAGUGUGGAAUCUUCACCUAAAGUGAUUUGUACAAAUGACGAUUCAACAAACACAGAAUUCGGUAUUGUGUGCGUUGGAAAUGUUUCGAAUAAUAAGAAGCAUUCAAACACAGAGGCGCCAAAAGCAUCUUCACCAGGAAAGCCUGUAAAUGAAGAUUUGGAAUGUUGUGCAGUGCAGGAAAGUAAAGAGAUGGAAGAUGAAGAUCCCAUUGGAGAAGAAGAUGGACUUGAUGAUCGAGACAGUUGCGUCCCACCUGUGGAGACUGACAAUAAUUUCAGUAAUCAACCAGUACCUAUGAUAUGUGAUGGCCCAGACUCUCUACAGACAGACUGCAUCACAGAAAGCUAUCCAAAACCACCAAUGGAUGAGACACUACCUCAACCUGUCAACAAAGAAGAUGCCUGUCAUGAUUUGCAGUUGAGAAAGCUGUGUGCAAAUGGCUGUGGCUUGCCGGUUGAACAUGACAUUUCAGAAAAGUGUUCUCAUACUUCAUUGGAAAUUGAUCAUUCUUCUGAAUCUGCAUUCGACAAAAGUUACAAAGAUGAUCAGAAGACCCCAUUACCAAUGUCUGAUGAUAACAAGGACACAGAUAUACCUAUUGCCCAGACAAAUGACUGUGUUGAAAAUGGAAGCCACAACAACAAAAUGGGAAACUGCAAUUGGAGUAGGCAUGAUCUUGACGAUUGGGAUAAGAAAUCAAUUGAGGGAUGGAAAGAAGUUGAUAACACAAUUAAAAAAGAACCAUUUCCCAAUCAGACUUAUUCCCCUUUGUGUGAGACUAAAGUGAAACUGACUGACGAAAAAGAUCUCAAACAGAUCAACACGAAUGAGGCCUUGGCAAAGAUCAAUAGUGAGAUUGUGAUUCCGUUUAUUGGUGUAGACACCUCUGGAGAGCACACCAGUGUAGCAUCUGGGAAAGGUGAUUGCACAAUUGUUUCUGUACAAGAUGAAAUGGAAAAGGUUUAUGUUCAGCCAGCAAGUAACCAAAAGACUUUGGGAGUUAGCGAUGUGCUACAUGGAUGCAACAAUAAGCAGACGGAUACGAAAGAUGGAAUAGAAAAUUCAGAAACUACAGAGAUGACUUUAGUGCAAACAUAUGGAAGAGAUUCAUCCAAAACUGUGACCGACAAAGCGGUAGGCUCCAACAAAGAAUCAUCUGAUGUGCUUCAGACAGUUGAGCAUGAUGACACUCGAUCCAAAGAUGGGGAGAAAUGGGAAUCAAAAGAAAAGCCAUACCAAGAAGGCAAUGUAGAACCUUCUUCUACAAAUGGCGAUUCAACAAACGAAGAAUUCGGUAUUGUGUGCGUUGGAAAUGUUUUGCAUAAUAAGCAUUCAGCCACAGAGGAGCCAAAAGCAUCUUCACCAGGAAAGCCUGUAAAUGAAGAUUUGGAAUGUUGUACAGUGCAGGAAAGUAAAGAAAUGGAAAAUGAAGAUCCCAUUGGAGAAGAAGAUGGACUUGAUGAUCGAGACAGUUGCGUCCCACCUGUGGAGACUGACAAUAAUUUCAGUAAUCAACCAGUACCUAUGAUAUGUGAUGGCCCAGACUCUCUACAGACAGACUGCAUCACAGAAAGCAAUCCAAAACCACCAAUGGAUGAGAUACUACCUCAAUCUGUCAACAAAGAAGAUGCCUGUCAUGAUUUGCAGUUGAGAAAGCUGUGUGCAAAUGGCUGUGGCUUGCCGGUUGAACAUGACAUUUCAGAAAAGUGUUCGCAUACUUUAUCGGAAAUCGAUCAUUCCUCUGAAUCUGCAUUUGACAAAAGUUACAAAGAUGAUCAGAAGACCCCAUUACCAAUGUCUGAUGAUAACAAGGACACAGAUAUGCCUAUUGCCCAGACGAAGGACAGUGUUAAAACUGAAAGCCACAGCAACAACAUGGGAAACUUCAAUUGGAGUAGGCAUGAUCUUGACGAUUGGGACAGGAAAUCAAUUGAGGGUGGGAAAGUUGAUAACCUAAUUGAAAAAGAACAAUUUCCCAAUUGGACUCAUUCCCCACUGUGUGAGACUAAAGUGAAACUGACUGAUGAAAAAGAUCUCAAACAGAUCAACAACACGAAUGAGGCACCGGAAAAGAUCCAUAGUAAAAUUGUGAUUCCGUUUAUUGGAAUAGACACCUCUGGAGAGGAUUCGGUACGAUUCCAUGAUCCACACUCUCAGUGCAAGGUUGAAGAAGUUGUUCAGGCCAAGGAGGAAAUACCAUUCAACGGUGAAACUGGAGUAUGCGGUACAUCCCAAAAGGACACUCGGCAGGCACAAUGGUCCGUUGGCGAAUUAUCACUGUCACUGAAUGAUGUAAGCAAUACAAUCCAUCUGGGAGGUGGGUCAAUCAGCCCUUGCUCUACCCCUACUAUGGAUGAGAAACCAUUUGAGUACAUAACUAGAUCUGGCCCUAGUAAUACUAGUACUGCCUUUAGUGCUAGUGAAACCAAAAGCAAACUUCUUAGCGGAGGCGCAACAGCCACAAAGAAUGAGAUGCCUCACAAGUCUACAGUUAACUCUUUAGCCAGCCCUCACCAGAAUAUUCAUCCUGAUCUUGAACUAAGAACUCUGAGAGUUCUACAAAGUAUAGACAAGCUCCUCCACAAAUCAAGUGAAACAUCCAGCCCUGAAAAAGCUGAUAAACACACCCUACAUCAAGCCGCUAACACCAGAAGCAAACAUGCCACUACUUGCGUUGCCCCAAGCAAUACAUCAUAUGGCUUUAAGGACGAGAAAAUUAGCAAUACAGCACCGGCUGGGGUCUCAGCCUCUAGCUCACGAGAACUGAACACAGAAUCAACGAGUCACGUUCUUAUUUCACCUCUUUUUAAAUUAGAGGAAUUACUUGGUGUGAAGUUGCAGUUAAAAAAAACAGCCUCAUCAGUUCCUCAUCCCUAUUCUGAAAAAAUACAUGAAACCACACCAGAGCAAGUUUCUUGUCAACCCUACAGAUCUGUUCCCUCUCCUGAGAGUUUGCCAGCUAGUAUUGUUAACCAGGAAACGCAUAAAACAACAUCACAGACAAAUUUAAGUCAUGAACCACGUUUAUGCAGUCAGCGUCCUGUCAUGGCAGUGAAACCAUCGAAGAGUGAUGAAAGUCAAGGGGACAACAUCUCUAAAGACAGACAGAUUGAAAACGCUGUAGUGUCAUAUUUCUCCAAAGAUCAACAAAAUACAAACCCCAAAGUCCCAUACACCGUACCCACUACCUUGCUCUUGGUGAAAAGCGCAGAAAGACUCAACACUUCCGAAGGAGUAAAUGAUGUCAAGCCAGACGCCUGUGAGCAUUCUUCAAAGAGCAGUUGGUUAACUAACUUUAGUGUUUCCUCAUCUCUCCCUGUGUGGUCUUCCAGAUUGGCAAAAGGUUCCUCUAGUCUUGAUGGUGGGUCAGUCAAGGACGUUGGGCAAAGAACUGAAAACAGCAUUGAGAUUAAACCGAGAGACAGUUCUGCUGCAUCAACUUCACAUGCAGAUAACAAUCUUUUACUGGGACCUCAAAGCUCACUCAUUUGUACCGUCAAUAACACCACACCGAAUAAAUCUUAUGGUUUACUGGAGCAGGUUUCGCAGAGGUGCGUACAAAAUGACCCCACUAAGGCGUCGAUGGAGCAGGAGUGCCUUAUCUUCUCGGAAACAAUGAAACAGCUUAUGAAAAGGAGUAAGAGGGAACCAGUCACCCAACGGGACACUCACGACAAACGGAAUUUCACUUGUGCCAGUCCUUUGACUGUGCACUUUCACUGUUUAGAUGUGCAGGGAGAUUCCAUGGAUAACCCCAACACACCUCUGAACGCAACGUCCCUUGUUGGACAGAAAAUCAAGGUUGAGAUGCCUGAAAGGAAACACCUGGCACAUUCCAAAGAGGAAGAAAAUACUUUGCAUGUACAUAACAUUUCUCAAGGAGCAGGGAACCUAAUGGAACAUCCUGGAAUUUCUGGUGUGACUUCAGAGUGUUCCAGGCUGUACAAGGCAAUGAUGAAUGAUGUGUGUGCUGUCCGAAAGCUCCCCUCUAGACCUAUGCACUUCAGAAUGGACAGAGGUUACCCAACGACUGAACCAGGCAACCAUUUUGACUUCUGCGAUCAAAUGAAGAAGGAGCUGGAUAAAAGUUUCCGCAGUAAUCUCAAUUCAGUUGUGAAGAAGUCAUGUAAAACAAAGUACAGAUUCUACAUAUUAGUGACGUCAGAUGUUGCCUUCUUUCAGGAAACCAAGGCACAGUUAGAGGCAGAAGGCCACACAGCUGUACAGCCAUCCCAGUUCUUCAAUUGUGAGGAUAGUUCUUCAUCGCUACUCAUCAUCAUCAGAAAUGAAGACAUUGCAGAGCACAUUUUAAAGGUUCCACAUUUGCUCAGGCUGAAGACGUCACCAGCUGUUCAGUUUGCUGGAAUUGAUGAACCGGAUGAUGUUGUGAAUCUCACUUAUCAGGAGCUCUUCAAGCGGGGGGGCUUCGUAAUGUUUGACAGCGCAGCACUGGAGCUCCUUGACCUUUGCAACAUGAAGAAAAUGUCGGAAAUCUUGCAAGAGCUGAGCAGAAUGGGGAAGUGGAAAUGGAUGAUGCACUACAGAGACAGCCGUCGGCUGAAAGAAAAUGCGAGGUUAAGUAAAGAAGCAAACGAGAAGAAGCUCUUCCUCAACGUUUGCCAAGAGGGUGGAUUAUUGGAGGUCUUGCCUUAUCAUGAGUGUGACCUCAUGUCAAGAGAUCUGCCCAACUAUCGCACAUGUUUGGUCCGUUUGCAGGUCCAGAAUAUAUCGUCACGUUACUCUGUGUUUAUAACCGAUAAAACGACAGACAGCGCUUUUGGCGAGAAUGGAAUUUUGACAAUGACCUUCCAAUCUUUCCUGACGUAUUCUCAGAGCAAAACAUUUACAGGCUGACCUGGACAAAGUCAUAAUACUCGAGCGGCGCAAGGAAAAACUCACCUGAUGUGAAGGAAAUAUCUGUAGCCUACCAGUUCAUGGGGAUUUCGAACAUACUACAUUGUAUGGAACAAUAAUUAUUUAAGUUCUUUUGUUUGUCCACUAAGUUAUCAUUCAGUUAAUGGAUAGAGUGACAAAAAUGCCAAUAUACAGGCAAAUGUACUGUAUAUACUUGAUGCAUUUUGUAAUAUGUUUUAUUGUGAUUUUUUUUUUACAGUCUUGACAUUAGCAGCACAAUCGUCGGUGUUUACUGUAGGUUGACAACAAAGCUUAAUAGGGCUCAUUUCAAAUGUUGUAUUUUAUAUAUUUAUAAUACUGUUCACUUCAAGUUUGCUCACAGUCAGCCUUAACUACACAUUGUUAAUAAGGAGUUUAACAGUUUAACAUUAUUACCAAGAGAUUCAUGUUUUCUAUUUUAUGACGCUCUACAGAGUAAUUUGACUAAGAAUAAAGAUAUUUCUUCAA